CCACCCACCCCCAACCUCCUCGCAGUUCAGCGCGACCCCCUCGCUUGGAUUCAGUUUCGGGAAGAGGGAGGAUGGCGAACAUGUAGCGGAGCAGCUGACCGUCACCAUCAGCAGAGCAGCACAGCGGGACGCCGCGCUGCGACGGGAGGGACUCGACGAAGGUUUGACACGUGAACGAAGGACGACGGCACCUGGGUUGCCAAGUUCGACACAGUGGAUGCGCGCGCGCGGUCCAGACGCGGCAAACGGCAUGGAGUGAGACCCGUUACGCGCGGGAGGUGUCCACGGAACCAGCCUCGGGUUCGCCCUUCCGCGGAAACCGUUUCUGAGCUGAGCGCGUUAGUGAGCAUGUAUCAAUGAAGAAUGUGAGCGCGCCGGACUCUCUCCCAACGGGGUGGAUGAAGCCCGCGGCGGUGUCAUGCGUCUUGCCCCGCAGCCAAGCGCGCAACCCUUGCGGCUCGUAGUUCUGGUGCUCUUCGCCACGGGCGCGAUCACGUCCCCGGUGCUGUCGACGGGCUGCCCGGACAGGUGCGUGUGCGACGACCAGCUGGUGGUCCAGUGCGCUGGGCAGCACCUCACCGCCUUCCCGGUCAACCUGCCGCUGGCCACGCGGCAGCUCAUCAUCUCCAACAACCGCAUCGUCGAGCUGCCGCCGCUCGCGCUCAACUACCUCUCGGACCUGGUGUACCUGGAUUGCAGCAACAACUCGCUGACGGAGGUUUCCGAGUCCACGUUCGGGAAUCUGCGCAAGCUGGCCUACCUGGACCUCUCCUUCAACACCUUGACCCGCAUCGAGGACAGGACGUUCGGCCCCUUGGCGAGUCUGGUGAUGCUGCGGAUGACCGACAACCCGGGGCUGUCGGAGAUCCAUUCGGACGCCUUCGCGGAGACCGCAGCGCUCCAGGUCCUGGACGUGAGCCGGAACAACCUGACGGUCCUCAACGUCACCUCCCUGAUCGCCCUGCCCGCCCUGCGCUCGCUGGGGCUCAGCGGGAACCCGUGGCGGUGCGAGUGCGACAACGAGGACCUGUGCCUGUGGGUCCACCUGGAGGGCUUCAAGUUCCAAGACGAAGGCCAGACGGUGUGCGGCUCCCCCGCCGACGCGCAGGGCCGCCGCCUGGGCGAGGUGGGCGUCCAGCUGCGCGCGCUGUGCCACCAGACGCUGGGCUCCUGGGACUACCUGUUCUUCGUGGCCAUCGGCUUCGUCAUCUUCGCCGCCGGCACCGUGUCGGCGUGGGUGAUGGGCGUCGUCAUGGUGCUGUACGAGCGCUACAUCAAGAAGAAAGACGGGCAGCCGGACGAGGAGGAGGGGCCCGGCGACAAGGGGCGGAGCUCGCGGGCCAGGGGCGACCACGGCAACGGGAGGUCGCACACAGUUUGAGAGGGCCCGGACCCCCCCGCGGUGCCUCCCGGCGGCUUCCAGGACUGUCUGAGUCCACUGACACCGAGUCAGACUCAUCCCCGAAGGAGGACGGGCACCAUUCACCGGAGAUCAGGAAUGUUCACGGGUGCUCGUGUGUGCACAUAUGCGACUUUGUGCGACGUUUGGUGGGAAAGGCGACGCGAUCGCGCGUGUUUUUGUACCAAAUGCGAAGGGGCAGCUGUGGCUUAGCUUCCCAGAGAGGCUGGAGACAGGUUCAGCAGCCAGUGUGGCUCCGUCACAAGGUAACAGCGCCUCUAAUCCCCCAGAAAUAAACACUAAACCUCAGUGAGGAGCGACAACCUAUCCUGUCAACUCCUCCCAAAUGAGAAACAUUCCAGUAACUCUCCAGUACAUUUAUACAGUCGAGUUAAAGGUGAAGUCGGACUUUUCUGCACAGCUCUGCAGCUUCGGCGUCAAAUCCUGAACAGGGGUCGACAGUAGUCACACGUGACAAAGAGGACUGUGUUUUUCACCUCACACAACAGCGCCUCUGCUUACGUACUAGCCGUUCGCUGUGUCGCUGCUCGUCUAUUAGCCCAGAAGUGCGGUCACGGUCAGCGUGAAACGUGUGCCCACUGCUGCAGCGGGUCCCGCUCCGUGGCAGGUGAACAGAGUGCGAUGCUCGACUUGUGCCCCGUCUGUUUCUGCAUGCACUGUUAAAGCACCAAACGCCUUAUGACACAUGUAAAAGUGUACAUACUGUAAUAGAACCUUCUGCAGCAUAAAAAUCAUCUAAAUUGAUCAUUUCAGCCAUUUUGGGGAAACUCUCUUGAUGAACUGAUGAAUCCAGCCCAGACUGUGGAGUAACACUUUACAGCAAUAAAUAUCGAACAUGAAUUCAUAUAUAUUUAUACAGUAUUUAGGAUGACAGCGUGAUGAUAAGAACUAGAAUGUAGUGGGCUCAGGCCAAGAAGGCUCAGGUCAUUUCUCCCUAAUUCAUUAGGAACCCAAAGGAGGUCUCGCGUGUGUUCGUCCAUCAUCAAUCCGUUUGAGGGAGUCAUUUGCAUUCAUAGUUGACGUAACUAUGCGUGACCCACGCGUAUUUACCCUCAUGGCACAUAAAGCGUGCACGUGAGGCGCCGAUCAGCUGAGACGCCCUUGAGCAGCUCUCGCGGCGUCGGCUGUAAUAUUUGCAUAUAAACAGAGUGCACUGCGUGAUGCGCGUAUUUGUUGAGGUCCGUGUGCUUAAACCCCCCUAUACAGUACAUGCACCGGGUGUCAGGCGCGAGGGGGUGUUACUGUACAUCCUGCUGAAGCGUGCUGACGAGGCCACGUGACGCCACAGGCAAGGUUGAGGGUGCGGCAUGGAAAUGGGAGAGCUGGCUGCUCGAAUUCACGUCAGGACCGUGACACGGUUGGACUGACGGGGAGUGGAUAUCACGCGUGUACACUGUCUGUACUGACAGCGUGGGUCCGCGGAGGUUCUUUACAGCAGCACCGACCCGGUUUCCUGCCGGCGGCUGGCGGUCGGGCCUCGGGGGCGGCGCCGGCGGCCCGACUGUGACAGCCGAGCAGCUCCAGACCCAGCGGAGGCGCCGGUUCUUGCCCGUGGCCCGCGGGACCGGCGCCUCGGCCCCGCGUCCUGUGUGCGUCCGAGCUGAGGGCAAAGUGGCCGCUGUCGAAACGCCCGCAGACGGGAGAUGUGACAUCAAGUGGGAGCGGCUCUAACCGGCCGCAACAGCCCGCUGACACAUCUGCUCACCAACACACACGUCUGAAGCGAGUAUUUUAGUCACUCACAGAGCACUUUCUGACUUCGCACUUAGAAGUGAGGCGCGUGUGAACCACUGCCACUAAACGACCAAAUAACCAAACUACUGCCACUUAGAUCCAAACCACACCUCUCUCUGGAGCUGGAACAUAAAGGACUCGCUGCAACUUAUAUUAAGUUAGAUAUUCUUCUUAUGCUUACAAUUGUAAACAUACAUAUUAUGAACAGUAUAUUGAAUGCUCUUGUUUUGUAUUCUUAUGCUUUAAGGAGUUGUCAUUUCAUAUUGUAUCUAUAGUGAAGCACAGACAUAAGCAAAGCGCCUGGUUUAUAUCACAGGCCUUUUUUUAUUUCACUCUUUGACACAACGUAUUCUCACUAGACGUGUUUUGUGAUAUUUAUUUCCCUUAAACGAAUGACGUUCUUGUGUUUGCUCCUGUGUUCCGCGUCGUAUGUUUUCUAUGGGGCUAUUGAUUGACAGCAGAGAUCGGGGCCCCGCCCCCGCUUGGCAGCGAGGACGAUGGUCGUGCUGCUGUUACACAUCUGCACACAGGCUCAGGGGCCUGACAAAUCUGUAUCCUUCCCACAGUCCCCAAUAAAAGGUCAUUUCGAGAG